AUGACAGAGACCCAAGAAGCAUCAUUUGAUGCUGAUUUAACCCGCAUUCUAAUCGCCAGCUAUCGGGAAAAUGUAGACCCUGCCACUCAGGAAAUCACAUCGGACCUGAUUGCAUAUAUGAUCAAGCGAGGGUUUUGCCCUUGGUGUAUCUUGCGCGUAAGCCUGUGGGACGAUAUUUCACUAUGCGGAUUUUCCUGCGAAGCACUUAGGAGAGGUCUUAGCGAGGUCUUUGAUGUACACUUUCCUGAAGGCAUCGAUCUGUCAGACUGUCCAUCAUGCCUAGGCAUACUUCCAUACUGCUCUCAGGAAAGCUUCAAAAAUGAUCUUGUUCACCGAAUUCAAAACUCGGGCUUUGAGUCUCCUAAUUACAUUCUUAACAUACGGACUCCGUCCUGUCUGAUUGUCAGAGACGCCCUGCUUGUUCAUGAGCUUUACGGAUGCGCAAGCUGUGAAUCCCAAGUCCUGCCUAUUAAUGCCGGCGAAGAUACACUCACGGAGCUUCUUCCCAUACCUAUAAAGCGUAUACUGAAGUACAUGUUAGGCCCGUAUUGUACGCCAAGACUUGGGAUGCCAGUGGCUACUAAUGCCCAUCUUCGUUGCGUUAUUCACGUGGAGACAAGUCUCCCGCCUCCAGAGAUACCUGCCUCUGCGUACGAGCAGAUGAGCGCUUCUAGGCGUAAAGAACAUAACGCACUUCGCAGACGUGGAAAGGAUGCCGAUGAAAUGCUACAGGGACUCCUAUCUGACAUCAUUGGCAAGGGGCUUCAUAACCACGAACUUAUUGAAAAACUGGCUAGCACAAAGAUUCCCUUACGUUAUCAAAAUAUAAAGAUAACUGUCACCACAGUUCUGGAGUGCGAUUCGAUAUAUAUUGCCGGACGGUACCUAAAGCAUCAGCGCUAUAUUUCUCAGACAGGUUACGAAGGUAAGGCUAUUCAAGAAAGUUCUUUGGUAACACCGGUACGAAAGGAAGAUAAUGAGGGCGACGACUGGGAGCCGCACGGAUUCCACCCCAAGAUAUCUGUGUCUUCCUUGCUCAUUCCAUUUUUCAUUGCUCACGGAAGCUCCGAUGAUGCUAUAUUCCAUGCCGCAGGACGCGAAGACAUAGAUGUACGAAUGAAGGGCGAUGGGAGACCCUUUAUAGUUGAGCUAAUCAACAGCAAGAACGGACUCAGUAGGGACUGGAUCAGUCUUGCCAGGCGUAUCAACACAGACCCAAAUGUUUCCAAAUUCAUACACAUACAUGGAGACACUCUUGUGGCUUUCGAGAAGAACGGGAGGGAACUUCUUGAUAAGCUGGCAUCGGGAAGCAAUGAAAAGAGAAAGAGCUACCGUGCUGUUUGCUGGACUGAAAAGCCAUUACCGAGUAAUGCAGAGGAGACAUGUCGCACUAUACAGAAUCUUUCAAUAGAACAAGCAACUCCAAUUAGAGUUUUACACCGCCGGACAGCAAUGAAACGAACCAAACUUGUAUAUAGUUUAAAGCUCAUAAGAAAGCUCUCAGAUCAUUACUUUGUUAUUGACAUAUUUGCACAGGCGGGGACAUACAUCAAAGAGUUUUGCAAUAGCGACUUUGGGCGUACUCGCCCAUCCCUUUCUGAGCUGCUCUUUGGAGAAUGUAUACACGGUGAAAAACAGCCUGAAGUAGAAAUUCUACAGCUGGAUGUUCUGACUGUAGACAUGGAGUGGCCUCCGGCUAAGGACUCAGGGGCGCGUUCGGUCAAACACUAG